UUGAAGGGAGCAGAAUUGUUAUUUCAAAUAAUAAAUUUCUUUACUGUGGGGGCGUCGAUCCUGCUUGUGGUCGACGCUGUCCCCAUUCCUUGCUUCCCUAGACUGUCCUUUAUCUUGUCUUGUAAGUAAUUAGUUGUAAUCAAUAAUAUUCUGUGUUCAAUAGCUGCACUGAAUAAAUCUUCCCCAUGACAAUUCCAAGUAUUUAAUUAAUAGUUGGACUAGUGCAAAUACCUGUACUGAACAGUGAACGAUCCUAUCGUUUCGGACAAGUAGAACUGCUGCUUUGUUGUUGGACUAUAAAGCUCUGGAGGAGAAAUUCUGAUUAGUGGUCCUGACCAGGAGUCAAGAGUCAGCCUCGUCAUAAAGGCCAGUGACAGAGGACUGUGUGUUGAUUGUCGCAUAGGCCUUCGCAAUUCUCUCAUGUUUUCCUUCCUUGGACGUCCACUGCACGAUCUGGCUAUAUAUACGCUUGGAUUGGGGCUGAGUUAGCUGCCAUGCCCUUUCUGGUGAAAGCUGCUGAGCAGUCGGCGCAGCAAAAGCAAGCUGUGCGCCAGCAUAUCUUGCAGCAGAGGCGCAAAGAAUCUGAGCGAGGUGAGCUUCUGCAGCGGCAGGCGCUGGAGAAAACCUCCGUAGAGCAAUGCGAUGCACAGAUCCGUGAAGUAGAAGCUCACCUGGAGGAAUUGCAUCAGCGAAAACACGACCUGUUUACAAAGCUCAGACAAGUUCUUAAUCAGGAGGAUGAUAAAAGAAGGAAGACACAGAAGAAAGAGAUGCGUGAACGGCAGCGUGAGGCAAAGCCCCUUGCCAAGCCCCUGGAGAACAUGGCUGUUGAUGACAGGACCACAGAUAGGACUGGAAAUGUUCUACCUGGUACACCACGUAAAGACGCUUCUGGAAGGUGGGCCAAAGACAGUGGAAAGCGACAGCGAAGUCCAUCACCACCAACUGCUGGGCAUCACUACCCAGCGAAGCGUGUUGCAUCAGCACCACAGUCUCCUGGGGGUCAGUAUAAUGAGCAAGCUACCUUUGCACAGAGCCAGGUGAAUAUGCACAGACAAGCGCUACUGCAAAACCCGCAGCUGUCGGGCGGACAGCAUCGGCGCGAGUCACACAUGCAUCCCAUGCAUCAUCAACAACAACAGCAACCGCAGCAGCAGCAGCAGCCGCCACAGCAACCGCACCAACACCAUCAGCAACAGCGACAUGUGCAGCAUGCUGUACCAAUGGCCAUUGAGCACGGUGACGGCGCCAGUGGUAGUGCGGCAACGGGAGGAGUGACUGCAGUGCAUCAUGGUCAUCACCAUGUGCAUCGCAGUAGCAGCGGCAGUAGCAGCCAUCUCGACAGUCCCGGCAGUGGUGUACGGCACUCCUCGGUACCCCCUGUGCAGCAACUUGUGCCCUCGGGGUAUCAAGUAGUGCCGACCCAGAUGCCAGCAGACAUGCAGCAACAGCAGCAGCAGCAACAUAGUCAAAUCGGUGUGAUGCAUCACCACCAGGUGCAGCCGCAGCAGCACCACCACCACGGACUGCUGCCGCACCCCACUGGUGGCGAUGGGGAAUACCCUGAGCAUGGUGAUGUGCAGCAGCGGCUUGUGCACUUGGCGGGUGCCAAUGUAGCACCGCAACAGCAACACGUACAGAUCAUCCAGCAACAACCCCAGCAGCAGCAGCAGCAAGCACCAGUACAACAUGCGUAUGGCCAUGGUGCAUACACUCAUCGUGAUCAAGCAGCACAGUCACAUCAACAACAGCAACAACAACAGCAGCAGCAGCAGCAGCAGCAACAGCACUAUUCCUCCAUGCGCAGCAGAGGUAGCUAUCAUGGGUCCAGGUCUAAUUCUUAUUAUUGAUGAGAACCUGUCAGGACAGGUUUACUGCUUUCUCUCACUACUGCUGGCAGUGUGUAUGAAGUGCAUAGACUUUUUCCUGGCUAUUAGUAUUAGCCCAUCCAGGCAACCAACACAGUGUUCUUGCUAUGUUUAAGGUGUGUGCAUGCGUGCGAGUGUGUGUGUGUGUAUGUGGCUAGUACUUUGAAGUAUGUAUGCAUGUCUGUUGAUGUGUGCGCGUGUUCCCGUUUUUAUGUAUUACUAUAGUAACUUUGGCUUUUGUUCUGUCUGCUAUGAGACACAGAGGCGAUAUGACUCUCGAUGCUCACAUGUGCUGCAUUGCUUGAUCGUUUUUUGUUUUGUUUUUUUUAAUAGUUCAGCUCCUGCCCGGCAUGAGCAUGUACUGGCGAGGCGAGGUCGAAACUUGUGUUGUACCUCUGUUGGUGCUGGUACCUCUGCUGCUUUGUCACAGUUAUCGUUGUUAGUUUUUAAGAAGGCUUGAAGUUUGAAGUCCGCAUUUCCCGAUCUAUUCUCUAGUAAUGUUUCCAUUUGUGUUCACUGUUAUCUCUUCUAACGUUAUAAUUAUAUUAUGAGUGUUCAGCUGAGCUUUGAUACUUCGAAAUAUUGUCCUCAUCAUUGGUAAUAUUUCUACAUGUACAUCAGGCUGAUAACAGUCUGGGAUAUCUCA